AUGGACGGAGCAAAAGCCGGCUCCGGCGAAGUUCCGGAAUUGCUACUGCAGAAAAUCAAAGCAGGCUUAGCUAAAGUGUCGCCGCGUUCGACAAGUUGGAGCAUCUUCACAGUACCAAACAAACUCCGCAGCGUCAAGGCCGGCGCCUACGAUCCUCACAUCCUCUCAAUCGGACCUUUCCACCACGGCCGUCAGAACCUCGCCGGAAUGCAAACCCACAAAUGGCGCUACACUCUGUCCCUCCUCGAACGCACCCAGGACGCCAUUCCCACAAUGGAAUCCUGCCUCAAAGCCAUCCUCGGCUUCGACCACGAAAUCCGCGCCUGCUACGCCGAGCCGAUCACCCACGAGCCGGCAGAGCUAGCCGAGAUCCUCUUCCUCGACGGCUGCUUCAUCCUCGAGCUCUUCCUCCGCUACUCCAACAACGAGCCGAAUCUCAACCACGGCGACUUGCAGAACGACCCAAUUUUCACAACCUCGUGGAUAAUUUCCACUCUCCAGAGAGACAUGGCUCUGCUCGAGAAUCAGAUCCCCUUCUUCGUCCUCGAAUGGCUUUUCGAUUACACGGUCCGCCGAAGCUCCAGCCGCGUGGACUCGCUCCCCGAUAUCGCUCUAGGGUUCUUCAAAUCCGCGAUAAGUGGGUCGCUGCCGAGAAAUCCGGCGCAGUCCACGGCGGCGGCGGCGACGAAUUUCCAGGGGAGGGAAACGAUUAGAAUGGAGAGAAGGCAGAGCACGAAGCACUUGCUCCACCUGAUCCACACCAGCUACCGGCCUUCUUCUCCGAAAGCAGAAGCGAGGCUCCAGAUUGGGGCGCCGGCGGCGCCGUCGGCGUUCGUUCCGUCAGUAGGGGAGCUGUGCGCGGCGGGGAUUCAAGUCCAGAUGCAGAGGAAGCCGACGAAAUCGAUGCUCGAUCUGAAAUUCAAAAACGGAGUGCUGAAGAUACCGCCGCUGCGGAUCCACGACUCCACCGACGCGCUGUUCAGGAACCUGGUGGCGUUCGAGCAGUGCUUCCAUGGCUGCCCGCAGUACAUAACGUCGUACGUGCUGCUGAUGGACCGAUUGGUGUACACGAUGGACGAUGUGGAGCUGCUGGAGCAGAGUAUGAUCCUGGAGAACUAUCUGGGGAGCAGGGCAGAAGCGGCGGACCUGUUCGAUAGCAUCUGCAAGCAGAUUGGGAUUCAGGAUUUCUACUUCCCGGUGCUCUGCGAUGAGUUAAAUGAGUUCUACUGCCGGCGGUGGACUUCGUGCUGGGUUGAUCUCAGGAGGAAUUAUUUCACCUCGAAAUGGACGCUCGCGUCGGUGUUUGCUGCUUUCUUGCUCCUUACCAUGGCUCUUCUGCAAACGCUCUACACAGUUCUUUCCUACUAUUCUUACAGAAAAUGA